UCAUUUUCCCAUCUCUUACUCACUCUCUUCCCUACAACAAACAUGGCCGCGAAAUCUGAUGGUGCACACGUCUCUCUACGAAACGAAAUCCCACCCGAGUGUCCCUCCAGGUCGGACCCGCGGCCUCCCCAGCACCGUCAUGCCGAGCAGCGCUACUCCCUGCCGGACUGCUGCUGGACGCUGUGCGCCCUUUUGGUGUUCUUCUCGGACGGGGCCUCAGACCUGUGGCUGGCCGCCGACUACUACCUAAGGAGGGACUACUGGUGCUUUGCACUGACUCUAGUCUUUGUGAUAGUCCCGUCCGUGGUCGUGCAAGUGUUGAGCUUCCGAUGGUUCGCCUACGAUUUCUCGGAAACCGUCGAGAGCGGUACGGCUGCGGCCGCCGUGGUAGCGGCGUCGGGAGCGGAGGAGAGCGACUUCAGCACCAAGGACAGCGGCGAGCGGGGCGCUGGCCGCUCUGCCGCGACCGGGGUGCUGUCAGGGCCGGGCACCGGGGGAGGAGCCCAGGGCUGCUGUAGAGCCUUCAUGUGGUUCUUCCAGGCCAUCAUUCACAUCUUUCAGCUGGCACAGGUCUGGAGGUAUGUCCACGCCCUGUAUCUGGGCGUGAUGAGCCGCUGGCACAGAGACCCCGAGCGCCGUCACUACUACUGGUGCAUGAUGUUUGCGAGCGCUGAUAUCAGCAUGCUGCGUCUGCUGGAGUCCUUUCUGAAAAGCGCUCCUCAGCUGGUGUUGCAGCUCAGCAUCAUGAUCCAGGCCAGUCAGGUGCUGCCUCUUCAGGGGCUUUCAGCUUCUGCCUCACUGAUAUCCCUCGCCUGGAUGGUUGCCUCCUAUCAGAAAGUCCUCAGGGACUCUCGAGACGAUAAGCUACCCAUGACCUACAAGGCUGUCAUAGUUCAGAUCCUGUGGCACCUGUUCACCAUCGGCGCCCGCACCCUGGCCUUUGCCCUGUUCGCCUCCGUGUUUCAGCUUUACUUUGGCAUCGUCAUUGUGGCCCAUUGGUGCAUCAUGACGUUCUGGAUAAUUCAAGGCGAAACGGACUUCUGCAUGUCCAAAUGGGAGGAGAUCAUCUAUAACAUGAUGGUGGGCAUUGUGUAUGUUUUCUGCUGGUUCAGUGUGAGAGAGGGGCGCACUCGCUGCAGGAUGCUCAUCUACAGCCUGACUGUGCUCAUUGAGAACGUGGCGCUCACCACUGCCUGGUAUUUGUACCGCGGCCCUCGUACCUCAGACUUCUAUGCCGUCAUCAUGGUGUGCGUGGUGGCCAGCAGCUACGCUCUGGGCACCUUCUUCAUGUUUGUGUAUUACUGUCUGCUGCACCCUGAUGGCCCAGUCUCAGGGUGGGGUUAUAUUGUGGAGAAGGAGGUGCCUGUGGAGUUGCUGGCUUCCCCAGCUACCAGCCUCCCCCCUGACCUGGUGAGCAGCCCCCCCAGGACCCUUCAGAGAACUAAAGGGUCAGAAAGAGAGCAGGGGUCUGGGGUAGAUGGAGAUGUGUUUCAGGUACGACCACCUCGGGGGACUCAGGCCCCAGUGACCAACCUCACACCCAGGACAGAGGGGCCUGUCAUCCGAAUAGACCUGCCCAGAAAGAAGUACCCCGCCUGGGACGCUCACUUCAUUGACCGCCGGCUACGUAAAACCAUCCUGGUGCUGGAAAGCGGCGCCCCGGUCACGCCAAGGAUUCAGUACCGAUGUCUGGGCACACCCAAAGAAGUGAUGGAGUACGAGACCACCGUGUGAUGUACUGAAGGUGCAGUGACUCAGCCCUCUGCUGCGUGGACACCUUGCCUUAAAUAAAAUGGCAGGUAGAUGACUCUCACUGAGCAGUCUGUUUCAGCUCCACGCCUACUUGAUGUCUCUCUGUACCGUCAGGUAGUGGAGACAAAGGAAGGAAGGGGAGGAGUUUGGUGUCUUUAUUUUUUACAAAGGCAAAGUGCUUUGAUGUUGUCUGAUGGUGGUGCAUUUUGGUUUCUGUAUCAUUUCUCAGGUCAGGGUGUGGUGCAGGAUGAGGGUCCACGUUAGCAGCUUAGUCCAGUGGAGUUGGAAAGAGCCCAGGUAGGCAGAGAAGUGGAGCUAGUUGUCAAUCAGAGGCAGAAAGUCCUCCUCAGCGAAGGUGCUUCCUCUCAAGGCGAUCGAUCGACAACAGAGACGAGACUUCAACAUGCAUGAUUAUUUAUGGCAGCUGGAAGUGAAACAUCACUGGACAAGGGGUAGAAAAGUGAGUGGCGGUGAACUCCCGCACUGUAGUUUUUAAACACAACCUACAAUAAAUACAACACAGGCACCGAUGAUCACAAUCGGCAUUUUCCAUGACUACUCACUCAUGUUGAAGAAGUCUGUCUCUCUCUCUCUGAAAAUUCUGCUUCAUGUCUGAAUGGCGGUUCAAAAGCAACAUUUGAGUUGAAUGUAAAAACAGUUGAAAAUGUGAUUAUUUGUGCAAAAGCUUUGAGCAUUAGUGGGAUUUACAACAUUCCUGUGAUACUAUAUCUGUUGUUUUUUUAGGUAAGCUAGAACAAAAGAGAUUUGUGUGUGUUUACAAGCAAGUUUUGGGGGAAAUGCCGUCACUAUUACUCUAAUCAGAUGCACCUUCAUUCAGAAUGUGUAUGUACUGAACAAAAGCUCCAUUAUGAUUUACAUUUCCAGGAUGUAUUCUACUGAUCGGACUCUCAACAGUUGUGUUUUCACACUGCAUCCAUCUUACACAGCAAAGGAAGCAGGACAUUCAUUUCCAUGUAAAUUUAACAGUAUAAUGAAGAGGAAGUUACAGAGGGAAAGCACUGUCUGGAACUGUACAGUAUCCAUACUUUUUUGUCUGAAUAAUGUAGGAAGAAAAUAGCUGCAGACUCCAGACUUGGAAUAGCUGUGAUAUUAUUAGUGGAACAGACAUGGGGUACUUGUGGUAACACUUUAUUUUACAGCUUCAUUAUUUCCUUAGAAUUUCUUCGAAACUUUCCUUUCCUUAAUUUGCUACAAAUUUAUUUAAAUUUUUCUAUUUCAAUAGGAAUUUCCUAUGCUCUAUUUAAACCCCAAAUAAUUUAAUUAUCAUCCACUUAAAAUACACUUUAUUCUUUAUAUAUCAUGAGUUGCAUUCUCACAAAACUACACAUUUUUGACCUACAGUACACUGACUGUUUAGCAUUUUAUGGGAAUUAAUUAUUUGGUAUUUAUUUAACUAUUAAUAGUGCUAAAUUACAUUUUUAGGAUGUUUUUAGGAAUGUAUGGACCUGUAAAAUAAGAUGUUACUAUACUUUCUUUUAUCAGGGUUGUUUUUUUAUUGAGUAGUCACAAGGGAAAUGUCUGCACCGCGUGUGUUUGCGUGUAUGUGUGUGUGAGCUCACAUACCUGCAUGUGUAUGUAGGGGAGGGGAGUCCUGCCAUGUGCAUUUAUUAGAAAAUUGUGUCUCUGAGAUAUGACAGUUUUGUUGUAAACACUUUCCAGUCAGCUCAGUUUCCCCAGCCGACACUGAAAUAAAUAAAACAGAACACCUUUACCAUCCCUGUUGCAAAAGCCAGAAAGGCUUCAAUUCUGGUGCUAACUGUUUGAGUCCAGCACGUAACAACCACACAGUGUACCAUAAAAUGAGCUUGAUGAGGCAGGAGUUGGCCGGGCUUUACCUCAAAACCCAAACACAAAGCUAGAAUCAAAAAGCCUUAAACUGGUCGUGCCAGACUGAUGCUGUUCAGAGCAAGAUUAGAAGAAGAAAAGGUGAGCAAGAAGGUGAAGACAAUUUCAUUAUGUUGUUGUUAAAAUUAAAAGCAAUGUGUUUACCUGA